GUCGUCCUGCCUGCGCGGCUCAUCCAACUCCAGGGCACUUACAAUGCAGGAAGGAUGGGCGCAUGCGGAACAUUAGACGGCACCGAAUUGCUUGUAGAUGCUGAUACACACAGCCUGGCUGAGAUCAAGCAGGCAAUUCAACGUUUGGAGCAGGACGGCCACGUUGUGCGAACUUCAGUAUAUGCAGCACCAGGCAGGGUAAGAAAUCACAAGUGGCGAAACUUUAUGCUGACGCCUGGCAUCAGUUUCUGCCCUGUGUCCCGCAACUCGCUUGGAGAAGCCAACGAUACAGCCAUGGUAGCCAGGGUAGCGGACAUUGCUGGCAGAUCGCAGAAAUGCCAAGUUGCCCUCAUGGUGCAAGACACGGGCUUUCUAGAAGCUGUGAAGGGCGCCCAAGUGCUGGCACUGGAAUCUUCCAGGGAUAGCAGUGCCAAAAUCAGGGCAAUUCUUCAUGCAGAUGGUACAGGCAGCGUGCAGUUCUGUGACCCCUACGCCUCUUAUGACAGCAGCCAGCAAGUUGAGGUAGUCCGCAGCUUUCUUCAGGAUUUGGCUUACGAUGACGGUGGCUACUUGGUUCACGCUGCGGCGAAGUUCUGGGUCAGAAAUAAUUUGGGGUCACUGGCAGUGUUCCCUCAGCAAUGUUCUACCUAUGCUCUAUAUGAGAUGUUACAGGAACACCCUGGGCAGCAGUCUUGGAAGCGUCAUGAAUCGAACCAUGCCUUCGUGAUCCCCAAAACCUCACCGGGCAGUAACAACACCAGCGUCAAGUUGUACGGAAGCGUAUUGGCGAGGCGCAUCUUCAGAGGAGGGGGUCCCUUCUUAUUGCCAGACUCACCGGCUUUGACCCGGAGUGUGUUGCGAAGAUUGGGAUAUUUGGACGAUGACUUGAACACAGAUGUCAGGGAGGCCAUGCUCGUUUUUGUCAACAUGAGCGACAACAAGUAUCCAGUUGGUUCAAAGUACCCCGAGUUUAUAGCCAAGGCAGAUGGUCAUCCCAUAUCGGGAUUGUGGCAGGCAGCCCCUAUGGAUGGACGGGUUCGCCAGCUCCUGGGACAGCGAAGACUGUUGGAGGAUGCAGAAAGCGCUUCAAAAUCCCAAGUUUAUGAGGCAAUGCGGAGCUACGCGCAUACUGCAAAGCUUCAACCAUCGAGGACUUACAAUGGCUAUGUUUGGAGGAUUUUGUCGCACCUUACACAAGGAGAUCCCAACCGCACUGAAGCAGUUAGCUUUCAGCUUUAA